AUGGAGGCCCUGCAGAGGCAGCAGGCAGCCCAGCUAGCCCAGGGAGCGAGGCCAUUGGCCCCGCCCCGCCCUCCACCACCAAGGCCUCCCUGGCCUGGACCCCGGACCCUGCAGGCCCCUGAGGGGGCCUUGGGUGAGGUUGGAGCUGAGGAAGAAAAGGAUGCGGAAGAGGAGGAGGAGGAAGGGGAGGAAGCUGGUGCAGAGGAGGGGGCAGCGGAGGAGAGCCGUCCAGAGGCCAGGGGCCCCAGCUCACCUGCCAGCCAGCUCCCUGGACCCCAUCCCCAUGAGUGGACCUACGAGGAACAGUUCAAGCAGCUGUACGAACUUGAUGCAGAUCCCAAGAGGAAGGAAUUUCUGGAUGACCUGUUUAGCUUCAUGCAGAAGAGGGGGACGCCAGUGAACCGCGUGCCCAUCAUGGCGAAGCAGGUGCUGGACCUAUACGCGCUGUUUCGCCUAGUGACGGCUAAGGGCGGGCUGGUGGAAGUCAUCAACCGCAAGGUGUGGCGGGAGGUCACGCGAGGCCUCAGUCUACCCACCACCAUCACCUCAGCCGCCUUCACUCUACGCACCCAAUACAUGAAGUACUUGUACCCGUACGAGUGCGAGACGCGAGCGCUCAGCUCGCCGGGGGAGCUCCAGGCGGCUAUCGACAGCAACCGGCGCGAGGGCCGUCGCCAGGCUUACAGCUCCACCCCGCUGUUCGAUUUGGCUGGGCCGCCCCUUCGGGGCGCUCUUGGCCCCGCCUCGGGGCCUGGCCCCGCCCCACCCUCUCCCUCUCCGGGCCCCGGCCCCGCCCGGAGCUCCGCCCCCGGCCUGCCUGCGCACGCGUGCGCCCAGCUGGGCCCCAGCCCCAUUAAGAAAGAGGAGAGCGGAAUUCCCAUCCCUUCCGUGGCAUUGCCUGUGGGUCUGGCCCUGGGACCUGUGCGGGAGAAGCUGGCACGAGAGGAACCCCCAGAGAAGAGGGCUGUGCUAAUGGGGCCUAUGGACCCACCUCGACCUGGCGCACCCCCCAGUUUUCUGCCCCGUGGCAAGGUUCACCUGAGGGAAGAGCGGCUGGAUGGGCCUCUCAGUCUGGCAGGCAGUGGCCUCAGCAGUAUCAACAUGGCCCUAGAGAUCAACGGGGUGGUCUACACUGGUGUCCUCUUUGCCCGCCGCCAGCCUGUGCCAGCUUCCCAGGGCCUAAACAACCCUGUGCCCCAGCCCCCUACAGGUCCCCCUUCCAGCACCUCACCCUGAGAGUUCCCACUCAGAACUAAGAGUCCUAACCCCACUGCUGAGGGGGGAGGACAAUCCCCUCCACACCUUGAUUCUUCCAGGGCACUCACUCUGGGACCCUUCCCUGGAAAGUGACUCCUUCCCUGUGCCAUUUGGACUUGAAGCCAAAGGAUUUCUUUCCAUGUUACAUCUACCUCAUUGUAAAGGAGGCACCUUCUCCUUGGCCAGCUCCAGCAACGUCUACCAAAGAGUUUGCCCCUCUGUAACCCCAUCAUCGCCUUCAUAUGCUCCCUGUGUCAAUGUCCUCUCUAGGGCCCCAGUUCUGCUCCUCUUCAGGAGCCAGGUGAAGGGUUGGGUUGAGGGCGUUGUGGAGGAGGUGUCCCAGGCCACAUCUGGACAAUAAAGGUGCUGUCCCUCCCUCUCCUGUGUGUUCUCUCCUUGUUUGGGCGGGGGAGGGUGGAGGGGGAAAUAAGGAUGUGAUAUACAGGCUAUACAGGCUACAUUCGGUCAGGGAUCCCAGGGGGAAGGCAGCAUAGCGAAGCUCAGUGAGAAUAGAAGCUCAGGCUCUUGAAUCAGCCCAAGUUCGAAUGCUGAUUCUAGCAUUACAGAGCUGGAUGGCCUUAGGCUAGUCAGUUAAUCUCUUGAGCCUCAGAAGACUCCAAAAGGUUAUGCUAACCCCUGUGGCCUUCUAUUGAUCUAUGGGAACGGACCUAUCUUGGAAUAGUGGGUGUAUUUAUACCUAGAACUUCAGGGAAUGGGGUGGGGAAACCUCUCUGGUACUCUCGAAUUAGGAAGAGAAAGGCAAAAGUCUUGACAAGCAAGCUAGGGUCAGAAGUAGCCGUUGCCUAGGUAACCAGGCAGCAUUUCACACUUCACCCGCUCCAUCCGAUCACUUCCG